UAUAAUAUUAUUCAUGAACUAAGAUGAUUUCGAGGUAUAUUAUAUCGAUGUAGAGAUUAUAAAAGAUCUCAGUAGAAGUAAGCGAUCCAAAAGUUUAAUCUGGACUGAAUAAAUACACAACUUAUUCAGUUCGAGGAAUGGAUAAGAAUGGAUAAUUUGAUGUGAUACGAAGGUUUAGUGAUUUCCGACUUAUACGUUAAUUUCUUAUAACAAAAUGGCCUGGAUGUUAUAUUCCACCACUUCCACCUAGAAAGGCUAUUGUAUAUUAAAAGAUCUACAAUUUUUAGGGAAAUAUGGAUUAAAAGUUUAUAGAUGAUAGAAUGCAUUCAUUAUAAGAUUGGAUGAGAAUUAUGUCUUAAUCCAAAUAUUUUUGGUAUUCAGAAGAAUUUCAGUUAUUUAUAAAGGCUAAUGGAGAUAUUGAAAAAGUAAUCUCAUACUUAUUCUAUAGGCUUUGACAUAAGUACCGAAAUUAACUUAUGAUGAGAUAAUAAACAAAUAUUAAGACACUUUUACAGAUCUAUCUGGAGUAAAUUUUAUUCUUAUAUUAAUAAGAGAGAAAUCAAUAGAGAAUUAAUUCAAAAGAUAACAGAUUUUCAUUAAUUUCUAAAAAGAGUAAAUCCAAUGGUUGAAAAUUUUAAGCAAAUUGCAAAGUAAUAAAUAAAACUAUUUAAGAAAUAUAGCAUAAGCUAGAUGGAACUUUUAAGAAUAAUUAUCUCAUUUUCUUUUAAACUGUUUGCCAGAAUAUGAAUAACAAGUUUUAUUAGAGUUUAGUGAAAGUGAGGAUAAAUUAGUAUUAUAGAGUAUCAAAAAUGAUGAGUAUCCAUCAUAAUUACUAAAUAAUUAUAUAAGUUUGUUGCAAUAGAAUGAAUUCUAAUCAUUAUAUUAAGAAAUUAGGAAAGAGUCAAAAUAAGUGAGAGCAUUUUUGGAAACAAUGACUUAGAGAGAAAAGUAUGAGUAGUAGAAGGUGUUUUAUGAAUAGAAAUAAAAAGAACUUUAAAUAUAAUUAUAAGAAGUAUUAGCAGGAAAGCCAUCCAUAAAAAAUAUAUUUAGUACUACAAAGAAGGAAGAUUAAAUAGCUAAAUUAUAGACUUAAAUUGAUUAAGUAUGUAAGGACAUAGAAAAUAUGUAAUUUAUUUGUGAUAUAUUAACUGUAUUGUUAGGAUAUAUAGAGAUUGAUAAAUUUAAGGUAUGAAUUAUAUUGAGUUGUAGUUGGAAAAAUAAUAGAACUAUUAUAAAUUGGCUAAGAGUUUGAUUUAAUAUGAAAUUUAGUUGAACCAGGCAUCGGAAGAAUUUUGGGAGAGAGUGUAAUAAAAUUAUAAUUUAUUAUGA